CCCAGUAUCUGUGUUGAUCUUUCUUGUGCCGGACGCUCUUUUUGUUUUGUAUUUAAGAAGGUCCCGGUUGGUAUUGAAAUGAUGUUAAAGAUUUCUUCUUGAUGUUUUCGAAUUGAUUAUUUCAAACGGUCAAUUUGCUGCUUGGGAAUGUUAUAUUGAGGUUUAGGUGUGAGAUUGUUAAAUUGAUCACUGAAGUCAGAUAAGCAAACAAUUAUGAAUUCACAGAGAAUUGGAGGAUGUCUUUUGCGGGGAAGUAAGAGGGGAAGAAUCUCUACAUCUUAUUCGAGAAGCAAGAUUCAUGGAGUAUGGUCGGCAAGAUGUCAUUCUACCGUGGGACCAAGUCAGAAACCUGGGUCUGCAGGAGUACGCUUCCCCGGAGCAGUAGACAGUAAAUUUACUUCCUCCCUCUCUUUUGAAUACCCCUCUACCUACACUGCCAUUCCUACCUACCGCACCAUGUCCCCCGACGGCGACAUCCUCGAUCCAUCCGCUGUUCUCCCCUCCGACGAAGCUGCGUUAGAAAUGUAUCUCAACAUGAUAAAAGUAUCUAUUAUGGAUGUUAUAAUGGUUGAAGCACAGCGACAAGGUCGAUUGAGCUUUUACAUGCCGAGUCAGGGCGAAGAAGGUACUUGUGUGGGAUCGGCGGCGGCGUUGGAGAAGGACGAUGUGAUUUUUAGUCAGUAUAGAGAGGCGGGUGUGUUUAUGCAAAGGGGAUAUACGCUGGAGGAUUUUAUGAGCCAGCUUUUUGCCAAUAGGAAGGAUAAGGGGAAAGGAAGGAAUAUGCCUGUGCAUUAUGGGAGUAAGGAGUUGAAUAUUCACUCUAUAUCCUCUCCUCUCGCAACUCAAAUCCCCCACGCCGCAGGAGCAGCAUACGCAUUGAAACUCCAACGUCUCCAAAAUCCCUCUCUCCCUCCCCGAGUCGUAGCCUGCUAUUUUGGCGAAGGAGCCGCCUCAGAAGGAGAUUUCCACGGCGCCCUCAACAUAGCCGCUACGCGCUCCUGCCCUGUAAUCUUCAUCUGCCGCAACAACGGGUACGCCAUCUCUACCCCCACACUCGAACAAUACCGGGGCGACGGCAUCGCCAGCCGCGGCACCGGCUACGGCAUCGACACGAUCCGCGUCGACGGCAACGACAUCUGGGCCGUGCUGCAAGUCACCAAGAAAGCGCGCGAGCUGGCGCUCACCGAUGGCGGGCGCCCCGUCCUCAUCGAAGCAAUGUCCUAUCGCAUUUCCCACCACAGCACCUCGGAUGAUUCCUUUGCGUACCGCGCGCGCGUCGAAGUCGAAGAUUGGAAACGCAGAGAUAAUCCGAUUACGCGGCUGCGGAAGUACUUGGAAAAGAGAAAUGUGUGGGAUGAAGCAAAGGAGAUCGAAGCGCGGACGAAUAUUAAAAAGGAGGUUUUGAAGAAACUGAGCGAGGCGGAGAAGGAAAAGAAACCGCCGAUUAAAAGUAUGUUUGAGGAUGUGUAUAAAGAGAUGACGCCGGAGCUGAAGAGUCAGAUGGAGGAGUUGAGGACGGUGAUGGAGGAAUACCCGGAGGAGUAUGAUGUGGGUGAGUUUGAAGGAGGUGUGGGUAGUUUGAAGUGAGGGGAUGGAAGAUUGUGAGAGGGGAAAAGGGAAUGCAUAGAUGAGAUUUUGAGAUUAUGAUUGUAGAAUUGGGAGUCAUUAGCAUUAGCACUAGCACGCAUUAGCGAGAGAUACAAUAGAUACCUACCUAGGUACUUGAGGCAUAGCAAUUGCAUUUACAUAUACUCCUCA